AUGUGAUGCAGCCUGGAUUCGAACACAGAACCUCCCCGCUUUCUGCCACUGAUGGGCAUUGCCAGAGCGAUGGGCAGCUCCGUUGUCCAUGAUGAUAGAGUAGUUGGGUCCCAUGGCAUGUCCUGUCAGAGUGGCGAUGGUAAACAGCUGAGGAGACACCUCACCUACCGCCUUCUCUCUCAUCUCACAAAACACGUCGACCUUCACCAUGCGUUCAUCAGCAUCUGUGUUUCCUACAUGAACCCUGCGACUCGCACCGGACACCACCAACUACGUAGCAGCCCAUAGCAUCUCUCACUAUUGAAUACAAGCGGUUGACGUCAACAACCCUCAUCGAAUAUUCAAAAAUAAUUACAAUAAUGCAAAGAAAGAAUAGGCUGGAGCUUGACAGCCCGCGGUGCCGCUUUGUGGACAACGAUUCCGAUUGCUAGGGCGGAGGGACAUGCAUCUUGCCAUUAUAUCCACACUAUUUGGUAUCUCGUCAUUAUAUCCAAAUCUCUGCCCAGACAGAAUCAUUGGCAGGUCGGGCUCGAAACAUAAUACACUUCCGGUUGCAUAAAAAAAUUGCAGCUACCGACACAGCUGGAGUGGGGGAGGCCUUCCUCUAGUGAAAGCGAGCUACUGGGGGGAAUGGGUGACGUUUGAUCGGGAAAAGGUUGUCUACACACUGGUAAGCCAUAUCCAAGAGAUGGAUGACGGCAGCGCCUACAUAGAGUUUGACGUGCCAGAGUUCAGCAACACCGUCCUCAACCAGCUCAACGACUUGCGUCUCCAGGGGAAGCUAUGUGACAUUAUCGUUCACAUCCAGGGCCAACCGUUCCGGGCCCACAAGGCCGUGCUGGCGGCCAGCUCACCGUACUUCCGCGACCACUCAGCCCUGGGAACCAUGAGCGGCCUGUCCAUCUCCGUCAUCAAGAACCCUGAUGUGUUUGAGCAGCUGCUGGCCUUCUGCUACACUGGCCGCAUGUCCCUGCAGCUCAAAGAUGUCAUCAGCUUCCUCACAGCAGCCAGCUUCUUGCAGAUGCAGGCCGUCAUUGACAAGUGCACCCAGAUCCUGGAGGGAAUCCACUCCAAGAUCAGCAGCGCCACCAGCCCAGACGAGGGCUCCCAGGCCAGCCGCAACGGUGUUAAAGACAGCAGCCUCUUCAUCAACCCCACACAGAUCUCCCCCCCUUACUACUCCAGACACAGCAUAGAGGCCCGCUCUGAGCUAGCAGCAGGGAAAGGCCAUGGCAGGGCGCGGCACCAGGAGGAGGGUCAGUCAGACCGCGGCAGCAGUGACGGUGUGUCAGAGCAGGAGGCAGCCACGGAGGGAGAGACUGAGCAGGUGGAGCUGAUUGGGAAGGACGGCCAGGUGACAGACGUGCAUGUGAAGCUGGAAAAGACGGACCGGCCCAGCUACUCCGACAGCUCCUCGGCAGGCGACGAUGGCUACCACACAGAGCUGGUGGAUGGAGAGCAGGUACUGGCUGUCAGUGUGGGCUCCUAUGGUCCUGUCAUCCAGGCAGCUGGCUACACUUACUCAGGCCUGUCAUCUCCCUGCUUCGUGAGCCUCAGCAGCUCCAGCCCCUCCCGCUCCAUGCUCAGUGGCUUCAGGGGCGGCCGGGCCAGAGCCAAGCGCCCCCCUGUAGCCGUCCCAGCAGAGGUCCUGAGUCAGAUCAAACCAGGAAACGCAGAGGACAGCAGCGAAGCAGUGUUGGGUCAAGCAGGCUUUGAGAAUGACGUCCAGGAACGGAGCCUGCGCAGCCAGUGGUACCCCUACAACGAGAGGCUCCUCUGCAUCUACUGCGGCAAGUCCUUCAAUCAGAAGGGCAGCCUGGACCGCCACAUGCGCCUGCACAUGGGAAUCACACCCUUCGUCUGCAAGUUCUGCGGCAAGAAGUACACUCGCAAGGACCAGCUGGAGUACCACAUCCGCGGCCACACGGACAACAAGCCCUUCCACUGUCAGAUCUGUGGCAAGUGCUUCCCUUUCCAGGGAACCCUCAACCAGCACUUGAGGAAGAAGCACUUGGGGGCCACAGAGGGCACCAAUCACAUGGACUCUCCAGAGAGAACGGAGGGGAGCUCUGGUCAGAAAGACCCAGAGGAUGCCUCUGAGGGUAUGGCCUUUGAGACGCAGUAUGUUGAGGAGGCUCCGGCCACUGACAUGGAGGAGAGCUCAAAGUGUAGCCCUGAGGAAGCCCAGGCAUCCAGGUGUGAUUUUUAGGCCCCUGUUCUGGUUGAGGAAGCUUUAACAUGUUUUGUUUUUGUUGUUUUUUUAUGUUUAGAAUUUAUUUUGGAAGCGGCUCCUUCAAAUGUUGCAUCUACCUUGUACUUCCAGGUUUUCUGCCUGUCCAUUUUUAGUGAAAGUAGAAACAUAGAAGAAGAAAAAGGUGCUUUUUAAAAAUAGAUUAUUUCAAAAGGAAGGAGAAUCAACUUGCUAUUGAUAAGGUGGCCUCAAUAAUCAAGGCCUCCUUGUUGUUUUUGUUUUCUCUUUAAUCUUUCCAUGUUUUUAAAACAUAUUUACAGAGUAAUAUAGGCAUGUUGCAAUAAUUGAUAAUAUGAAAGCUCUGCUGCUUGUCACAAGUUUUUACCUGACCUGUUUUUGCACAUGUGGCCAAAGGUGGUCACUUUACUCACAAGGAAUUAUUUUUCUGCAAGUGCAAAGCUUCAUGUGACAUAUCUGUUCAAUACCUCAUGAUACAACUACAUACUCAUAACAGACAGUAUUUUAUGAAACUCCACCAGGUUCUACCUCAUAGCUAAGAACCUAACAGGAACAGAAGUGUUUUCCAUUUUAAAAAACAAACCGUUUUGUUUUAUGGUCUAUGUGAUAUAUUUGCCAAACUCUAAGAAGAACAAUCCUCAGUCUCAACACAACGCCUUGAUACUGUAGACUAAUGUUCCUUGCUGGUUGUAUGAACUCUGGACCUUGUCCAUCAGUUCAUGGUCAACAAGGAUGUAAUGUGGUCGAAGAAAGGAUUUGCUAUAUUUAAGCAAUAAGACCCGGGGAGGUGUGGUAUAAGGUCCAUAUACCACGGUUAAGUGCUCUUCUUACGCACAACGCAACGCAGAGUAUAUUGGCCAAAUACCACAAACCCUUGAGGUGCCUUGUUGCUGUGAUAAACUGCUUACCAAUGUAAUUAGAACAUUUACAAAAUAUUUUAGGGGUCAUACCCAUGGUAUAUGGUCUGAUAUACUAUAGCUUUCAGCAAAUCAGCAUUCAGGGCUCAAACCACCCACUGUAUAAUGGUGUAUAAGAAAUAUUAAGUAUGUUGUAUGUUUGCAUUGAGCAAGCUCAAGGACAGUGGAUAGAGUACAAUAGUAGAACACAAUACAUUACAUGAUUUCCACUGUCUCUAUAGCCAAGAUCUAGUUUGCUUUUCAGAACACACAGGAGCAGAUUCCACUUAUCGGUCUCUUUUUUUACCCAGUGAAGGUCACAUGCAGUUGGCCAUGGUGUGUUUUACAGAUGUGAUUCUAUCUAUUAAUCGACAUGGGAUCAAUGAUUGAGCCUGACACAGUGAAAUCAUUGGAGUGUCUUCCAUUCUGAUGGUGUUUAGUUAAUUAUUCUCAACCUGUUUUUGUGAAACUGUUUUUUAUCUGUGUGGAGAUGAUGCUCAGUGCAGAGUUCCCCUCAUUAGCUUGGCACAGCAGGCGCAGCGCUGCCCUGGAUCUGUGCAUGGAAUCAAUAUGCUCACAGUAUGCAAACAGGGAGAAGGGAAUAUCCGCCAUCUUGUCAUGGCAGUUUUUGUUCACUCCAUUUCAUGAGAACUCUUGUUCUGCUCUUUUGUUUUAAUUGACUGUUUCUGCCCUUUCCUGAUCAGACACAACUAUUGAGAUGAGGUGAUAAAAUGGGAAAGCGUGUAGUCUCAUUGAUGCUUCAUUAGAAAUUAAGAGUUUGAUGGACAGAGGGUAGAGGGUUGUGAGAUGAGGUUGUGAACCAAAGUAAUGGUGCACAGAUAGUGGCAGUUAAAGUUAAGAGCAGUGGUGACUGGUGACCAUCAGUUUAUUGUGAUAAAAAUAGGCUUUUUAAUAGUCAAUGAUCAAAUUAUUACUGCAUCAGUCAGUGUAUGUCCAUUUGACAACAGAUUGGUAGCUAGCUUUUUCAGUGUUAAUUGGUAAAUAAUAAUCAAAGGGCACUGCUGGCAUCGGGGAUGGUGCUCUGCUUGUUUAGAGAUUAGCUGGGCUUUCAGGGCUUAGCAGUUGGAUGAAUGUCAUUUGACCACAUUUCACAACUUUUGUUAAAGAUUCCAUUUUUCAUAUCGUCAUAAGUCACUAAUGCACACUAUGGUUGGGGCGGGAGGUAGGCUGUGUUUGUCAGAUGUAUAUUGCAUUACAUGGCUAAGCAUUACAAUGCCAUGGCAUAGUUUAGGUGGCGAAUGGGAUUUCAAUAUUCUUAUUGUGUGAUAAUGCUUCUAAGUGCAGUAGUUUUUAAUAAUAUGGGCCUAAAUUCUGAUAAUUAUUGCUCUAACGUCCUAGCCCAGAUCAAGCUCUUUAUUUGGUAGGUGUGGUUAAGAUCAGGUGGAAAGCUGAUCCUUAAAAAGCACUUUUUGUCAACAGUAAUUUUGCUCCAUUACCCCUCUGCUUGCUGACUUGCUAUUUCAGCAGUGAGUUGCCAUUCUUGUAUCCUGUUAUCUUUUAGUUUUUACACAUGAACACACAAAACUAUAAUUUAGAGAGAAAUGUCCCGAAAAGCCCAGAGGUCCAGGUGGGUGUGGACAAGAUAAUUUCCUCUUCAUUUAAUGUAGCACCACCAUUUACUAUUCCUGUUUGUUAUUUUUCGGUUGUUUGCUGCAUCUUUUUUUUAUCACAUUACCAUCCCCUUGCCUUUGGCAGAACUUGGUUCUGUGAUUUUGUUUUCAUAUUGGUAUUGUGCAGUUUUGCAUGUAUUUCCAUAUUGUGUAAUGUUAGGUCACCAAUGCAGUCUUUUCUCCACUGAAUGCUCACUACACAUGUGGUUAGCUCAUUGUUUCACCAGAUACUGUUGGAAACUCUUCCGUUUACAACCAAAAGGACCCUUCUGUGAUUCAGUGAGUCAUCUGAUUCACUGUCUCCAUGUCUUGUUGCUGAUCAGUGACAGGCCCUUCCCUUUUUGUUUUAUUUUUGUAUUUCUCCAUCAACAGAACAUAUGCUUGACAGUGUUGUCCAAAGUCAGCCACAAUCUAUUUUCCUCUGUCUUGGAUAAGUCUGGGAUAUUUAUGUUAUGCUCUGCGUGUUAAUGCACUCUGCACAUUUGCAGAACCAUAUCUGUAAAGUCUUAACCCUGCUCUUAUUGAAUCUGUCCCUCUGUCCCCCUACUGAUUUUAGAAUGGGGAAUCGACACUGAACAAAGUUAUAAAUGCAACCAUUUUUUAUUUUACUGAGUUACUGUUCAUAUAAGGAAAUCAGUCAAUUUAAAUAAAUUCAUUAGGCCCUAAUCUAUGGAUUUCACAUGACUGGUAAUACAGAUAUGCAUCUGUUGGUCCCAGAUACCUUUUUUAAAAAAGGGGGUAGGGACGUGGAUCAGAACCAGUCCGUGUCUGGUGUGACCACCGUUUUGUCUUGUGUAGUGUGACAAAUCUCCUUAGCAUAGUGUUGAUCAGGCUGUUGAUUGUGGCAUGUGGAAUUUUUUCCCAAUCUUCUUCAGUGGCUGUGCGAAGUUGCUGGUAAUUGUCGGGAACUGGAACACGCUGUCGUACAAGCCGAUCCAGAGUAUCCCAAUGCUCAAUGGUUGACAUGUCUGGUGAGGUAAUGGAAAAACUGGGACAUUUUCAGCUUCUAAGAAUUAUGUACAGCACCACAAUGGGCCUCAGUAUUUAAGCAUGUUAUCUCUGUGCAUUCAAAUUGCCAUUGAUAAAAUGCAAUUGUGUUUGUUGUCCUUAGCUUGUCUACCAAUACCCCACCCCCACCCUGGUACACUCUGUUCACAAUGUUGAUAUCAGCAAACCGCUGGCCCGCAUGACACCAUGCAUGCGGUCUGCAAUCUGCCCGGUACAGUUGAAACCGGGAUUCAUCCGAAGAGCACACUACUCCAGUGUGCCAACUGCAGUCAGGUCAAGACCCUGGUGAGGACCACAAGUACGUACAUGAGCUUCCCUGAGACAGUUUCUGCAGAAAUGUUUCGCUUUUGCACACCCACAGUUUCAUCAGCUAUCCUGGUGGCUGGACUCGGGCGAUCCCGCAGGUGAAGAUGCCGGCUGUAGAUGUCCUGGGCUGGCAUGGUUACAUGUGGUCUGCGGUUGUGAGGCCAGUUGGAUGUACUACCAAAUUCUCUAAAAGGACGGAGGCGGCUUAUGAUAGAGAAUUAACAUUGAAUUCUCUGACAACGGCUCUAAUGGACAUUCCUGCAGUCAGUAUGCCAGUUGCACGGUCCAUCAACUUGAGACGUGGCAUUGUGUUGUGACACAGCUCUACAUUUUAGUGGCUUUUUAUUGUUCACAGCACAAGGUGCACCUGUGUAAUGAUCAUGCUGUUUAAUCAGCUUUUUGAUAUGCCACACCUGUCAGGGGGA